AUGAGCUCCGGCUUACCAGAGUCCAAGGACGACGUAGCACGGCGCCUCUCACAACAUGCAUACUCGACCUCUUUGAGGAGCAUCGGUAUCAAGAGAGCUGACGGUGCGCAAUUACACUCCAAUUCUCCAUGCGAAGACCACUUCAACUGCGCACAGCCGUUCACUCCAUGGCAAGGAGGGACAUGGGCAGCUGUCACAGUUUUUGAUGGGCAUAAUGGACCCCAGACAGCCGAGUUCCUCCAGAAGGAGUUGUUGGCAUGGGUGCAAACCAGACUGAGCAAACUUGAACCGGAGUCACGAACCGAUAAAGGGAUUUGUCGCGCUAUCGAAACAUGCUUUACUGACCUUGACGAGGCCAUCAUCGGCCCUUAUGUCGGUAACAUGAGAAACAACGACGUCACGCUCGUCGAGAAGAUUCGGGCCAUGCAGCUUGCCAUGUCUGGGUCCUGUGCUCUGCUCGUAUUGUUCAACCCCGACGCCAGGACCUUGUACACGGCAUGUACCGGCGACUCUCGCGCCGUUCUCGGGAGGCAGACUUCGGACGGUACGUGGCGGCCGGAAGCUCUCUCUCAGGAUCAAAAUGGGUCCAACGAAUCAGAGAUGGCCAGGAUCCGAGAUGAGCAUCCAAACGAGGAAGCCGCCACACGAGACGGAAAGGUUUUGGGGCUGGCAGUUACCCGUGCCUUUGGAGACGUUCCCUGGAAAGCAUCUCACGAUGUCCUAGCUGAACUGAGCCAGAGGUGCUUCACCCACUAUCCCAUGGCCAAGGAGAAGGCUCCCACGCCGCCGUACCUCACCGCCAAGCCCGUGAUAACCGUCACAAAGCUGCAGGACGGGGCACCGGCCAUCUUGACCUUGGCUUCUGACGGCCUGUGGGACAUGUGCGAGGAUUGGGAAGUGGUGGAUCUCGCGGUGCGGUGGCUGGAGGCCCAGCCGAAGAGCGCUCUCGAGGAGAUGGACGUCAAGAUCAAAAUGGCGCCAGAGACGGUGUGGUGGAAGAGGCGAACGAGACAAGAAGCCAAGCCCGAUCCGGGUUUUGACUUUUUGGCACGCUGGGACGGAUUUGAUGUGAGGUUUACGGAGAAGAAGACGACCGUUGAGGAUCUCGAUAAUGUUGCGGUACAUCUGCUGCGCAAUGCUUGCGGCGGGAACCAUCAGGAGUUGUUAACAGCAAAGCUCGCCUUUGAGCCGCCGUAUUCUAGAAAUGUCAGAGAUGACAUGACUGUUCAGGUUCUCUUUUUCUAG